GUCCUCCUCCCCUCUUAAGCUCGGUCAGUAGGCUAGACCCCCAACCCGAGCCGGGUCCCGACUUGAGCCUGCCACUCAGAGCCGGGUCCUGAGGCGCAGACCCCUGCUUGGACCCAGUCCAGAGGGAAUCCGCUGCCCGGUCCAGUCCCACGGUAAAGUCCCCCGCCCGGGCGCGUCUCGAGAUAGAGUGUUGCAAUGGCUGCUGUGUAUUCUGGCAUUUCCCUUAAGCUGAAGAGCAAGACAACUUCGUGGGAAGAUAAACUAAAACUAGCUCACUUUGCUUGGAUUUCCCACCAGUGCUUUCUUCCAAAUAAAGAACAAGUGUUACUUGAUUGGGCAAGACAGUCAUUGGUUGCAUUCUAUAAGAAGAAACUUGAAUUGAAGGAAGAUGUUGUUGAGAGGCUUUGGAUCUAUAUAGACAACAUUCUACAUAGCAGAAAAUUGCAGAAUCUCCUGAAGAAUGGCAAGACAAUUAACCUUCAAAUUUCCCUGAUCAAGGUCAUCAAUGAGAGGAUAGCUGAGUUCUCUGACUGGGAAUCCCAGAGGAACAUCUGUGCUGUCCUGCGCUGUUGCCAGGGCAUCCUCUCCACACCUGCCCUUGCUGUCAUCUACACAGCCAGACAGGAGCUGAUGGUGGCCUUGCUGAACCAGCUUUGCCGGUCUGCCUGUAGGCAGCCCGAGGGAGCUGUGGUAGCCCAGUUGUUCGAGGUCAUUCACCUGGCCCUUGGCCAUUACCUCUUAAUCCAGCAACAGCAGGUCAACCCACGACGUGCCUUUGGCGAUGUGACUGGGCACCUGCUACAGCCCUACCUGGUCCUGAGGCACUUACUCUCCGAGGGCACGUGGACACAGGCUGGCCAGGGCCAGCUGCGGCAGGCUCUGAGCCGGGACAUCAGGAAUCAGAUUGAGGCCAUGCUUCGAGGUGGAGUUUUUCAACCUGAGCUGCUCUCAUCCUACAAAGGGGAGCUCUUGGACCACCAGGAAGGUGACACAAAGAUGGGGGCUCUAAAGAGUCUUCUUGCUCCCAUGGACACUGUGAUUACCAGACUAGUAGAGGCUGGUUACUGUGAACCAAGCCUUCAUGCCACGGUUGUGGCCAACUCUGUGGCCCUGCUGUAUAAGCUCUUCCUGGAUUCCUACUUCAAGGAGGGAAACCAACUUCUCUGCUUUCAGGUUCUCCCCAGGCUGUUUGGCUGCUUGAGAAUUUCACACCUGCAGGAGGAGCAGGUAACAGCUCUGUCUGCAUCAGAUUGGACCACAGAACUUUUGGUUCUGGAACAACUGCUAAACUCAGUGGCCAACAACAAUAUCUACAACAUUGCUGCUGACAGGAUCCGGCACGGAGAGGUUCAGUUCUGCUUUUACCGCCGUUUGGCUGAGCUACUGAUAAACCAUUCACAAGCACCUGUGCCGGCCUGGUUCCGCUGUCUCAAGAUUCUGAUAUCUCUGAAUCAUUUGAUUUUGGAGCCAGACCUGGAUGACCUAUUGGCAUCAGCUUGGAUCGAUGCAGAAGUAACAGAGUUUCGAACCAGAAAAGCACAGGAGGCACUUAUCCACACACUCUUCCAGACAUAUGCCAAACUGCGACAGGUGCCACUGUUGUUUGAAGAGGUUUUGGGGGUAAUCUGUCGUCCAGCUGCUGAGGCACUACGGCAGCCCGUGCUGACCUUGGGCCCCGCCACAGUGCUCCGUGAGUGCCUGCUGGAACUGUCUCCAAGUCAGAUCCUGGACACUUGGUCCCUUCUGCUGGAGAAGUUCCAGUCAUUAGUCUUGCCCUCUUUGCGGAGUGAUGCCGACAUGGCCCUGAAGUCACUGUCCCUGAGCUCGCUGCUGCACUGCAUCAUGUUCAACAUGAGGAGUCUGGACAGCAGCACACCCCUGCCUGUCAUCAGACGGACACAGUGUACGAUGGAGAGGAUGCUGGGAGAGCUUGUGAAGCCCCUGCUGACCCUUCUCCUGGACCCCCCAGACCCAGAGCCAGAGCUGUGGCUGCAGAAGGUCAGUGACUCUGCACUCCUGCUCUCAUACACCUGGGUUCAGGUGGAUACCAUGCUCAAUUUGAAUUGUAGCCAGUAUCACUCUGUGUCUGGGGCCCCAACAGGGGUUGCUUUGGAGAUCUCGAGCCUCCCUCCAUUGCUCCCUGGUGUAGAAACACAGCUAUGGAAAGAGAUAGAGAAGCUGACAGCUCAAUUCAACUCUCUUGGGAGGUACUGCUUGGAACAGCUCUACCUUCAGAGAAUGAAAAGGACUUUAUUGCUAACCAGUUUCAAGUCUCAAGAAGCCCUCCAAACUUUGAGGUCUGAUGCUGCCUACAUUGUUGAUUCUGGCAGAGAAAGCUUGGAUCAAAUGACAGUGGCUUCCUGGGAUGGCCAGGUAGAGACAGUGAAUGCACUCACAUACCCUGUGGCACACUGGCACUUGAUGGUGUCAAAUCUCACGAUUUUAACGUCUUACCUUUCUCCAGAUGAUGUGCACCACCUGGCAAGCGUCCUGUUAAGGACGUUGCCCAUGAGCAAAGCCCAGGAAGCCUCAGCAGAUGAAGAGCCAUAUAUCACACUUGGGAAAAUAUCCAAGGGUGUCCUUCAUAGCCCUCUCUUUCCAGAAAUGCAGUCCCUUCAUUCUGCUUUCUUACUCUGCCUGAUUGAGAGAUGUUCGAGCAUUCUGUGUUCUGGUGUCCAGGGUGACCCGACUCUUCUUAGUCAGCAGCUACCUUGGCUUUUCGAAAAGGACCACAUGGUUGUGGCUCACUGGGAGAAGAGAUUUGCGAAAGUUGAAACUGAAAAUAUAGAAUGCAGAGGAGAAGUUGCCCAGAACUUACUCUCGUUGGUCAAGAGCGACUUCCCCAUCAGGCUGGAGGGAGAGCAGUUAGAAAGCCUCCUGGGACCAUUGGAAGUCCUUUCCACUCUACACCUGGACAGUGUCUUGCCACCCUACCACGUGUCUUAUUUCCUCCUGUUACUGUUGAUGGCCGUCGCCAAAGUCGAGCGCACUUGCUCCUCACUGGCUCUCAAGUUCUGGAUGACUUGCUACCAGCUUCUUGGUUACCUGCAGAGGGGAAGAAGUGCCCGCUCAGUGCUCAAGGUUGUAUACGUUAGUGACAUUUUUGAGAUCACGCUGACCUCAUUGUUGAAAGCCAGCAGUACACUCCUUAUUGAGAUGGAUGACCCCUCAUGGCUGGAAUUCCUUCAGGUGAUAGGAACAUUCUUGGAGCAGCUCCUGCAAAUGCUCAUUCAGAUAAAGCUAAGCCUGGUGCUCAAUUUUGGAAAAAUUACUGCAUUCCUCUCAAGGUGUAAACCACACACAGAGGCAGCUUCCAGCAGAGAGUUGGAAAAUCAAAACCCUCUGGGCAGGCAGCUGCUUCUGGUGUCUUUAAGCAAGGUGUGCCAAGUCCUGGGGGCUUUCGUCAAAGAGCGCAGCAGGCAGCCCCAGGAGGCCUCAGCAGCACUGCCCGAGCUGCUGCAGCAGACCACGCUUCAGAUGGGCACUGUGCUCCAGCUCUGCUCAGCACCAGGACCAGGGGGUUGGCAUCUGCCCUCAGCCCUCCUCCCGGCUGUCAGCACGCUCCUGGAAGCAGACCUGAGCCAGCACCGCAGCAAUGAAGGGGCCGAGAUUACCCAAGAGACGGGUGGAACGGUGUUCUUCCACACUGCCCUCUACCAGGAUGUUUACUCUCAGAUACUGCUGGAGCUGCCAGUCCUCACAGGAAAUGUUCAGUCUUUCCAGGCAGCCUUGCAGUUUCUAACUCUGUUCUUUUCAGCCCCAGAAAUCCAUCCCCAAAAGGAUUCUGUUUUUAUCUCUCUGUUUCAUUCUAUGAGAAAAGUUCUUGCAGAUCCUGAUAUGCCUGUUCAGGUAACUCCGGAGAUUAAGCCUUACUUGGAAGCCUUGUUUGCCAAGAUGUUAGAGAUGGGGACGACAGAGGACUUUCGUCUGGUGAUGCGGUCUGUUCUCCAAGGAUUAGACAUCAGGAACACGUGGAAAGCAGAGCCGCAGGCUGUGUUGUCAGCUGUCACGUUGCUGGAGCUGCUCCUGACCUGCCCACUCAGUGGAGAGAAGGCGCGGUUGUUGUGGCGGGCGUGUCCCCAGAUAGUCACGGCGCUCGCGCUGCAAAACCGCGAGGCUUGUCAGGAGCAACCUGUGCGUCUGACAGUGGUGGGGCCUAUUUUAGACGUCCUGGCUGCUCUGCUACGGCAGGGGGAGGAGGCCAUCAGCAACCCCCACCACGUCAGCCUGGCCUUCAGCAUCCUGCUGACAGUGCCUUUGGACCACCUGAAGCCACCGGACUAUGGAAGCACCUUCCUGAAGUUGCAUAACGUGCUCUUCUCAAUCCUGCAGUGUCACCCAAAGGUGAUGCUGAAAGCCAUCCCUUCUUUCUUGAACUCUUUUAAUAGGCUGGUGUUCUCAGUUAUGCAUGAAGGGCGACAGAAAGACAAAGGAAGCACAGAGGACCUGCCUGUGGUGCUGGAGUGUGCGCGCCUGGUAGAACGGAUGUACAGCCACAUCGCUGCUCGAGCUGAAGAGGUCGCUGUGUUUUCCCCUUUUAUGGUGGCCCAGUACAUGACAGAGGUGCAGAAGGUGACCUUGUAUCCAGCCGUGAAAGGCCUGCUGCAGGAGGGUAUUUACCUCAUCCUGGACCUCUGCAGUGAGCAUGACAUCCUGUUCCUGCGGGCCUCGCUGCAGCCAGGAGUCCGAGACGUCUUCAAGGAGCUGCACAACGACUACAUCAAGUACCACAAGACUAAGCUCAAAGGAGAGAAGAGAUACACCGUCUGAGGCUCUGCUGUGGGAGCGCAGCCAGUGACUGCACAGGGGCCUGCCUCGCGCUCUGAAGAACUGAAGAUAGAAAAACUAGAUAAUCUAAUAUGCAGUGUUGCUGUACAUGGAGAAUCUUUUAGGGUUUGUGCAGUAUAUUUUUAUGCUGUAUCUUUUUAGGGUGUUUUGUUUUGUUUUGUUUUGUUUUGGAGAGAGAGAGAGUGAGAGAGCUGUCAUCUGCUGGGUCACUCUCCAGAUGUCUGCAAAAGCUGGGAACUGAAAACUCAGUUCAGAUCUCCGUGGUUGGUAGGAACCCAGCCACUUGAGCUAUUAGCACUGCCUCCCAGGGGCUGCAUUACAGGAAGCUGGAGUUAGGAACAGAACAAGGCAUUGCACCCCAGCGCUCUGAUAGGGGACACCAGCACCUUAACUGCUAGGCCAAAUGCCGACACGGACUGUUUUUUAAAAUGUCUUUUUCUGCAGAAAGAAUCCUAAAAGGAGAUAAACUCAACAGAGGAAUGAUCACCUCCCA